AUGUGUAGGAUUUUCCGUAGAGUUCUUUGCAAUGAUGUGUAUGUAGCCCUUCCCUUGUACUUAGCUCAGUCCCAACGGCUAUACCAAGUACCGUUACCCCGAGAUCAUCAGAACAUCUCCAACAGCCCAGCUUCAGUGCGCUCCGAAGCAAACACACUCCAACACACGCGGCUCCGAUGCAAGGUUCUUACCCCAGACAAGGUCAAGGACAAGUUCCACCUCAGGAAGUCUCUUCUGCAGUGGCACGAGGACGAGAGGAGAAAUGCGGGGGAAGAUGGUGGAAAACUUGCACGCGAUUCGUUUUUUUUUUACUGCUUGAGUUAUUAA